AUGGCAUCAAUAUCUAUUCAAUUUCAAUUGAAUGAUCAACAGCCAGUGGCAGCAACCUUACCAACACCAUUUACUAUAAACGAUUUUAAGAAAGCUGCUGAUAACGUUUAUAAUAAUACAAGCUUUCUUUAUUCUUUUGUAUGUCAUGGAAAAGAAUUUGAUUUAAACGAUGAAAAUGAAUUCAAUAAGUAUAAAGCAUUAAUCAUCACGGGAACAACAAUUUUUACAAUAGAACAUCACAAAGCAUGUUUUUUACCGGAUACACUUGUUCAACGUGCUGAUCAAAGUGAAAUAAAAAUUAAAGAUGUUCAAUUCGGUGAUGUUUUACUAGCAUUUACUACUUUUGGUGAGAUCGUUACAACAGUUGUUGAAGAUGUGUUCAAGCAUCAGGUUGAUGAAUAUUUAGAAUUACAAAUCGGAGAAAAUCGACUGCAUGUAACACGUGAACAUCCAUUUUUUGUUGGACAUGGUAAUUUUUGUUCGCUUGACAAGUUAUGUGUCUCUGAUUGUGUUUAUACUUUGAUUGAUGGUCAUUUUCAAUCAACAACGAUUACGAGUAUUAAAAUUAUUAAGGCACUAGCAACAUGUGUCUAUAAUUUACGUACUUCUCAGCCACACACCUACUUUGCUAACAAAAUUGCUGUUCACAAUAAGCUUGGAACAACAUUUGUAGACCUAAGUAAGGACAACGGUCCUAAGCGAAUUGAAUGGAGUUCUAGUGCACCUCGUUGGCGUAUUGCAAGACCUGGAAUUUGUAUUGAAGGCAAAUGUUCUAAUCAAUCUUGUAUAGCACAUAAACAACUAGUCAUUAUAAAUAUUGGAAUCAGAGAAUUUAAUCUUCUGAACGAAAGUCAUAAAAUGUCGAAAUGUCCUGAAUGUUCAAAGUACGUUGAACCCAUCACGUGUGCUUUUAACAACUGUAUUUGGCGUUGGGAAGGUCUACUACAGUCUGCAAGUGACACAGAACCAAGGGAAGUUUCAGGAGGUUGGAAGCAGGCAGACAAUGCUUACCAUCGUUUCGAUGAAAAUGUUAAUGGAGCAGCUGUGUGGCGACAAUUGAAUAUUUAUGCAAAAGUGAAAUAA